ACGGCGAUGAUGAAGUGCGACUUUGAGGAGAUGGUUUCAAAGAUCGAGAUUACGAAUCUAAAUUCGACGCAUCUCCUGAUAACCUUGCCUUUAGUAGGAAUAUAUAACGUCGCUUUACAAUACAUAUGUGGUUUAUGUUGGAUCUUGCGAUAUUAUUAUCAAGGUUUGCAUGGAGAUGUUAUUUCCCUUAUCGCUAUGCACCGUUUGCAAGCGAUUUUAUUAACAUCGGUGGUCUCUCUACAGAAUUCGAGAAAGAUACUAUACCGUUUCAUUCAUUAAAGCAAUUGAUGGGUGUAUUUCCUGCUGGUAGUAAAAAACAUUUAUCUGCACCAUGGGUAAAAUUAAUGAUCGAUCCAAAAUCUUAUAUUAUCGACUUUUAUCCAGAAGAUUUUAAUUUUGACUUAAAUGGAAAGAAAUUUGUAUGGCAGGGCGUAGCUCUGCUUCCAUUUCUUGAUGAAAAAAAUUAUUUAAAGCUUUGGCACAUUAUGAUAGCUUAACGGAAGCAGAAAAAAAGAGAAACAUUCUCUGUGGUGAUGACAGACUGUACAUCGGACUAGGGAGCAGCAAUUAUAAGUUUAUAAAAGAUUUAUAUAUGAAUCACGUAGGAUCUAAUAAUGAGGUUGAAAUAAGCAUAAAUGGUAUGCGAGGCACUGUACGUACUCUUAGCAGAUGUGUGAGUGACAGGAGCACGUUGCCUUCACCUGUCAGGUUUGCCAGUUAGGAAUAAUGUCUAUUGUGUCAAAUACCGGGAUCCUAUAAGUACAGUAGCAGUCAUGUUUUCCUCGCUCGUAAACUGAAAGGGGCUAAGAACCGCCGCGCUUUUUGAAACCGCAAGAUUUCGAGGCUAUGAAUCGCAAUAAUGGGAAUCGGUGGAAGCCGCAAAUCGGUUUCACUCGAUCUUCGCAAUCCGCUUCGUUAGGACAGGCAGGACACAGAACGCUCGAGCUCUUGGACAGGCAGUAAACCUGUAGAAAAUGCACGUUACGAGGCUUAUUAAAUGCGCAUACAGGGUGUAGGAAUUACAAUACGAAUGCUGCUGAUAGUACAAAUGCAAUGUUAAUACCCAAGUUUGCAGAUCGCGAGGUCUGGAUGGGCGAAGCUGUGACGAAAAAUCGAUGACCUGUGCACGAAGGGGGUUCCCACGACAUUUCACCUGACAUCUCUCUCGAGACGCCGAUCGAAAUUUAACGGGUGAAUCAUGUCGACCCAGAGGCUCAGACGACCCAGCGUAUCGAUCUACGAUUAUCCAGAACACUUGAAUCCAUUCAAUGACGACACGAAUUCUCAAUUGCAAGUACAUCACGACAACACGUCAAAAUCGUCGAAGGAAUCCAAACACAAGUUCUGGACGUUUGGCAGAAGCCGAAAGAAAAGGUCGAACAGCUUCUCGAUUAAAUCUACUUGGAAUGGAUUAUUUGGGAAGCGCAAGGAAGUUUCAGAACCGGUGGAAAAACGCUCGAUCACAACAGUUUCGACGACGUAUAAAAGAGAGCCUUACGACAGACCAGCAGUACCGUCGCGUUUUUCUAAGGAUCAACAGGAAUUCGAUGAAGCCCUAGGUACUCUGACGAGGAGAAGGAAAUACACUCUCGAUAAUAAUUCCUCGAGAUACAGCUCGAAUUUGACGGUGAAUGGUGAUCCCGCUAAGAUCUACGAUGGAAAUCCACAAGACACCACGAUGUCUAUCAUGGGUGUCGAUCUCACACCAAAGCCACCGGUCCGAAGGUUCGGACAGGUAAGCCCGAGGUCGACAGACAAGAUACCACCUUUGGAUUUCGAGGAAAAACAUCCGAAGCAAAACGGUGACCUUCGUGACAAAUCGGAAAGAACGCCGGUUCCACCUAUGCGAAGGUUCGGCAAUAGAUCGUCGCAGAGGUUGAACGGAACCACGUCGGACCUCGAGGAAGAUCCGGCCAACCGGUCCGGUGUGAGCUUAAAGGACGAGAACGAGAACGUGCCUGAGGAUUACGUCUUCAAGCGAUUCAGCCAGGAUGCUGUGAGAAAAUCGAACUUGUCCAUCAACAGUUGCGUGUCUGUUACCAGUACGGCGAGCACGUACGGACGCAAAAAACGUAGAGCGCCGCAACCACCAAAACGGAAGGAGCAAUUGGACUCUCCUUUAGAGGGUGAUAGUUCUCAACCAGAGAAGAAAACAGUAAAUUCUACGCCAGAGAAUUCGAAUCAAAUCGAACUUCAGAUAACCGAGCCUAUCGACAUUACCAAAGCCACGGAAAACAUCGACGAGAUGACGAAGAAAAGCUGCGAGGAAUUGAAUGAAAAGUCGCCACAAAAAGAAGAGAAGGAUAAAUUAUUAUCGAAAGUCGAGGAUACAUCAUCCGACGAUAUUGCGAAGAGCACUGUGAAGGACGAAACAUGUGACGUUUUGAAGGAUUGUGCGCCUGAAGUGAACGAGAAAAAGGAUUCUUCGGAAGAAAGAUCAGCUCCUAAUAACUCUGAUGAAACGUCAGAGAAAGUCAAACUCGAGACGCAAAUGGAGGAGAAAUCAAAUAAGGAACAAUCGAAUAUUAUCACCGAGGAUCCUAUCGAGAAAGAUUCCGUAAACAUAGAGUAUAAUAGAACAUCCCAGGAGAAGCUUGAGAUCAUCAAGGAUAUCGAUCAAGAAUCUGAUGAAGUCUGUUUGAGAAAAAAGGAUUCGUCCAGCACGUUAUCGCGAUGCGACAGCUUUUCCGUGAAGGAGGAGAUUGAGAAGAUCGAGAAGCAGAUUAAAGCUCUGGAGAGCAAGCAACAAACUAGCAAAGAACAAGAAAAGCUCGACGAUGACCAGGUGACGAGCACCCGGUUGUCCAUCCAGGAGAAUCGCCGGCACUUCUUCGAGAAUAUGGUGGACGAUCCAUCCGGUCCGGUUAAAUUAGAAUUUAAGAAACUGCCGUGCGAGCAAAAGGACAUUCAUGUGGUGCGAUUGACAGAUCCUCCGGUACCGAUGGCGGCACCCCGGGACGCGGUGAAGGUGAUCGAGUUGCACAUCUCCGAGCCGAUCCGACACAGACCCGAGCUCCUAGACGAGGUGAAUCCCAUCCCGAAGCCUCGAAGACACAGCGCGCAGAGUCUGAGAGACGCGUCCGAAUCCAGGCUCGUGAAGAACGGAAACAAGAGUCCGGAAGACGAUGGUAAGAGAGGAUCCUUUUGAAAUUUUCGAGUUUUCGUUUACGACUUUCGGAUUUACCAGUGAAAUUUAAUUUUUGUGAUUUUUUACGCGCAAGUGUAUAAUUAUCUUUAGCUGUAAACUUUGAUGCAAUGUGAGAAUCUAUUGUGAGAGUCUAUACAGACGAGCUAUCACUCGAAGGCUGUAUGCAAUAAUUACGCGUCUUCGCUUCAGACGUUUCGACACAUGACGUUUCCUUGUUCAUUAGAUUUAUUGAUGAUUUCGUACUAACGAUGCAUAUCCUUCUGGGAGAGAAUUCAGUGCAGAAUUCUUGCAUUUCUGUCAUGCUAUUAUAGUGAGUCUUACGUUUUCGAUAUAUUGCGAUAUAUUACUGUGAAAUGUUUUAGGUUUAAUUUUCAUUAUUUAUUAAUAUGAUAAAUAAAAAGCCUAAGCCUCCUAUCGUAGAAAUAAAGUUGAAAUAGUCCUA